AUGCUACCGAAACGACGGCGAGCGCGGGUCGCGUCCCCCAGCGCCGCCCCCUCUUCCGCGGCGCGCUUCCCGGGGGUCACUAUCUACCUGGCCGAGCCACACAUGGGCCGCAGUCGCCAGGCUUUUCUCACACGCCUGGCUGUCUCCAAGGGUUUCCGCGUCCUGAGUGCCUACAGCCCAGAGGUGACACACGUGGUGAUGGAAGGGACCUCAGCAGAGGAGGCUGUCUGCUGGCAGGAGCGCAAGACAUCGGCUCUUCCUCCAGGUUGUACCCGCCCAGUGCUUUUAGACAUAAGUUGGUUCACAGAGAGCAUGGCCGCUGGGCAGCCUGUCCCUGUGGAGUGCCGGCACCGCCUGGAGGUGGCUGUGCCCAAAAAGAAGAUGCCAAGCCCAGCAUGGAUGCUGCCCUAUGCCUGCCAGCGUCCCACACCCCUUGUGCACCAUAAUGCCAGCCUCUCGGAGGCUCUGGAGACGCUGGCAGAGGCCGCUGGCUUCGAUGGCAGUGAAGGCCGCCAGAUCUCCUUCUACAGAGCGGCCUCGGUGCUCAAGGCUCUCCCCAGCCCGGUCACAGCCCUGAGCCAGCUGCAGGGCCUGCCCCACUUCGGAGAACACUCCUGCAGGGUUGUCCAGGAGCUGCUAGAACACGGAGUAUGUGAUGAGGUGGAGAGAAUCCGGCUCUCGGAGAGGUACCAGACCAUGAAGCUCUUCACUCAGAUCUUUGGGGUCGGGGUAAGGACUGCUGACCAGUGGUACCAAAAAGGGCUCCGGACGCUGGAUGACCUCCAAGAGGAGUCCCACAGACUAACCCAGCAGCAGAAAGCAGGACUCCAGCACCACCGGGACCUGAGUGCCCUGAUCCUGUGGUCAGAGGUUGAGGCCCUGCAGCAAGUGGUGGAGGCAGCCGUGACGCAGGCCCUUCCUGGGGCCACUGUUACGCUGGCCGGAGGCUUCCGGAGGGGGAAGUUGCAGGGCCACGACGUGGACUUCCUCAUCACCCACCCCCAGGAGGGCCAGGAGGCAGGGCUGCUGCCCAGAGUGAUGUGCUACCUGAAGGAGCAGGGCCUUGUCCUGUACCACCAGCACCAGCACAGCCAGCAGGGAGACCUGACCCAGCAGAGCCACACCAUGGAUGCCUUUGAGAGGAGUUUCUGCAUUUUCCGCCUGCCGCAACCCCCAGGGGCUGCUGUAGGUGGCGCCCAGAAGCCCUGCUUCGCCUGGAAGGCUGUGCGGGUGGACCUGGUGGUUGCCCCUAUCAGCCAGUUCCCCUUUGCUCUGCUUGGCUGGACUGGCUCCAAGGUAGGGAGUGUGCUGCAGGGGCUGGCCCUCGGAUCUGGGGCUGGUGGCUCUGCUGAGACGUGGUCACUUUUUCCCCAGCAUUUUGAGCGGGAGCUACGCCGCUUCAGCAGGAAAGAGAAGGGCCUCUGUCUGAACAGUCAUGGUCUGUUUGAUCCGGAGCAGAAGACGUUUUUCCACGUGGCCUCAGAGGAAGACAUCUUCAGACUCCUGGACCUUGAGUACCUUCCCCCAGAGCAGAGGAAUGCCUGAUCCUAUCAACCCCGCCUCUACUCUGGAAAUGGAGGGGGUCAUUUGAGCCAGACUCUAUUGGUGUUUUUGGCCCCUGACUAUUUCCAGGCAGAAGAUGUGCUGCUGCCCCAAGUCCU